AUGGAAAAAACGACGUCGUCUUUGUCUUCGUCUCUUGAUCCCUCAAGGUGCCGGAAGGUCUGGAGCGGUGGUCGUCGAGCGACCAUCAUAUUUCGCGGCAACUUUCUUCCUCAAUGGUUUCAGGCUGAGGGCUCCAUGCUUUGUUCGUUUCCUCCAAGUCUGAACGUCCUCUGCGCCAAAGUUAGCCAUGAAGCAUCGAAAUCCUCGACCAAAUCAAAACCCGCCAGGUCCACGGCUCGUGCUGUCAACUCUAAGCCGUGGUCAGACGAAGUCGAGUCUUCACUCUCUUCUCUUCAUCCAUCUGAACCGCUCUCUAGAACCACCGCUCUACAAACACUGAUAACCCCUUCAAUCCUCUUCUUUGACUGGGUUUCCAACUCUCACAAAGAGCAGUCUUUCUUCCUCAUGUUAGAGUUCCUAGGCCGAGCUCGGAAUCUCAACGUGGCUCGUUCUCGAUUGAGAAAAGGUCUAAUGGCUGCGUUAAGCUCGAGGAUCUACGGAAACGCUGGGCUGUUCGAGGAUGGGAGUCUCGCCUUCCGUUGUUACAUUCAACAGUCUUCUCUCCAUUUUGCGUCGGGAUACUCCAGAUUCGUUCACUUUAAACAUAUUUGA